CCGUCCUCCGGUGGCGUCCGGAUGCCAGAAGUCAAGAAAUGCCGUUCAGUGAACCGGCUUCCAUAAUGAUGUAACGUUGGAUCCCAACAGGAAAGUAGUAGAUGGAUAGAAAGCGGAUAGAGUCCGAGUGUUGAGAUGGUUUGAAGUUGUUGGGGAUGUUGGAGUCAAAUCCCAGCAGCAGCGUUCGUCGAAUAUCUCUUUAUUGUGCGUUAUUCGUCGUGUUUUUGGUACUCGUUUUGAUCAACCGUUGGGGCUAUGAGUAUCGUGCGAGAUACUCUGCUCAUCUUGAAGAUGUUGCUGACCAGUCGGAGGCCGCCUUACCUCGAUCGAUCGAGUUGAUCAUGGAAAAGAUCCAACUGGAGAGAAGGAAUUUAAUAGACGAAAGUUGUCGUAAAAUAACUUGGAGACGACAGUCUCGACCGGCCAGAUUCUACGUCGAAGAUCGCCAUCGGCUGAUGUAUUGCUACGUUCCAAAAGUGGCCAGCACCAAUCUCAAACGACUAAUGUUGAUACUUUCGGGUGCUGUAGAAACGAACGAUUUAUCAUCAAUACCGAGUCAAUCGGUGCACGAAGAAAAUCAAAUGCGCAAGUUCGAACCUUACGGAGCGGCGGACGCUAUCCGUACCGGAUUGGGCAAUUACACCAAAGUCAUUUUCGUGCGGGAUCCGUUGGAAAGGCUGGCCUCCGCCUACCAGGACAAAUUUGCCGAUGUGAAUAGCAGCAGCAAGGCUUAUCAAACGGGAAUUGGAACCGAAAUUAUUCGGAAAUAUCGCCAUCAGCCGAGUCAACUAUCUUUGGAGACCGGUCACGAUGUCACAUUUCCCGAAUUCGUGAGCUACGUUAUAGACGAAUGGAAAGCGGGGCGGAGACAGUUGGACGUCCAUUGGAGGCCCAUGAUUGAUCUGUGCCUUCCGUGCUCCAUGGAAUACGAUAUCGUCGGAAAGUUUGAAACCUUGCACCGAGACGUCGACUUUCUGUUGCAGAGAUUAAAUGAAAGUAACGUAAGCCGACUUUUUCGGACGAAUCGGACGCAUAAAACGACUUCUUUCUGGAAGCGAUCCGUGAGUCAGCUUAGCUAUCAACAGAUGAGCGACCUCUUUCGCAUCUACGAAGACGAUUUCCGGUUGUUUGGUUAUCAAUACACUACUGAAAUCUGUUUGAGUUUAAGUUUGGUUGGUUGUUUGAGAGCCGAUGUUGAUUAUUUAUAG